UGGAGACGGAGGCAGGUCGCGCGCUGCAAUAAUAUCCAGUGGAGCGCACGAGCGCAGCGCAACAGGUAUCUCGAGCUUCACCAGAACUUUAUUAAAACGCGAAUAAGUUUCCUUUGGAUAAAGUUCCAAUUAAAUGGAAAGGUAGGAUUGGAAAACAGUGAGUGGUGACCCUGAACCUGAUAACGAAGUGUAAACAUGCCGAGGUCAUUUUUGGUGAAGAGCAAACGGGCACACAGUUAUCACCUACCCCGUUACCUGGACGACAACUGCAUGCAAAUUGAGAAACUUCUCACAUGCCAAGAAAGUCAAAUGGGACAGGUGCCUGAGAGCACAGUGGAUGUAGGGAAGGAUCCGGGCAAUUGUUCCCCUAAAGCCAGCAUGGUGUGUACGGCGGAUCAUUCCUCUCAACAGUCCCCACUCAGAUGCGAGGGCAGUGUGUGUGACCACUCAUCAGACUAUGAGGACUUUUGGAGACCUCUGUCCCGAUCUGCCUCUCCAGAUCUGGAUAAAUGCCCGGUGCCUUCACAGGACAACCCUCAGGCUUUCGACAUGACUUUCUCUCCAUAUGUUUGGGCCCAUUCAACAUCCGAGCUCAGGCACCUCAUUCAAACGUGCAAUCAUGUCCCUGUUUCUAUGGAUCCAGAGCCAUCAGUGGAGGUGUAUGAGACUAUGGAAAGAAGGCCAGGUGCCCAUCUCCUCACUGAACCAAGCCAAUCAGGGCGAUUUUACCAGGACUAUGGCUCUUUGACCUCUAACCUUUUGGAUAGUAGAAGCUUUUACGCAGACUUCAAGAUGUCAACUAAAGUAUCAGAGAUUAAUGCAGAAUCGGAUAUUCUUUGCACGCGACUUCAACUAAAUGGGUCCUACAAAUGCGUAAAAUGCACUAAGGUGUUUUCGACCCCUCAUGGUUUAGAGGUUCACGUAAGGCGGUCACACAGUGGCACAAGGCCCUACGCUUGCGAAAUCUGCGGAAAAACGUUUGGCCACAGCGUCAGCCUGGAGCAACAUAAAGCUGUCCAUUCACAAGAAAGGGUUUUCAGCUGCAAAAUCUGUGACAAAAGCUUCAAGAGGUCGUCCACUUUGUCCACGCACCUCUUCAUCCACUCUGACACCCGACCAUAUCCCUGUCAAUACUGUGGCAAAAGAUUCCACCAGAAAUCAGAUAUGAAGAAACACACGUUCAUUCACACAGGUGAGAAGCCGCACAAGUGUCAAGUGUGUGGCAAAGCCUUCAGCCAGAGUUCAAACCUCAUCACGCACAGCAGAAAACACACAGGAUUCAGGCCUUUUGGAUGCGAACUGUGUGGCAAAGGCUUUCAGCGCAAAGUAGAUCUGAGGAGACACAAAGAAACGCAGCAUGGUCUAAAAUAAUAAUUCAAUUAUUUGCUUAGUUUUGUUUGCACAUUUGACACUAUAGGCUGUAGAAUUCGAAGGUUAUGUUGUGUGGUUUGAUGAAUUAAGAAAAUAACAGAUUUAUUUGCAUAAUGCAGUCAGAGAGAUUGCAGACAUUAUAUUUCUGUAUUCAUUCUAAAAUAUUAUUCAUUAUAUUAUUGUAUUAUUAUACAAAAAUAUAUUUCUGAAAAACAUUAAUAAACUUAGAAAAACUAUUAUUUAUUCAAACGUUUAUCUUUUUUGGCCAUAUAUUAACUGUUUAAUUACAUAGGUUUUCUAAAAAUUUUCAAUCACCAUAUGUAUAUGCACAAUAUCUAUAUAGGCCUAAAAAAAACUUGAAUGUGUAUACCUGUUUUUCACUGUGUAUUGCAAAGAACAUUUAUGAUUGGUUAAUUAGGUUAAAAUAACGUAAUAUUUUCAAAAUAAACAGUGUGGUUAAUGUUUGUUGCCGCCAUUGCACCACGAAGAGAACUGAAGUCAUAAACAAGUUGUAUACAUUUUAAUAUUCAUCUAGGCCCAUCUAGUCUCAACUAAAACCUCACUUUGCAUUUCACAUUUAGCCAUUUCAUAUCGCUUGCAAAAAUAAGUUGGUUAUGAAAGUUUGUUGCGCUAUUUUUAAUACAUAAUAGCUUACUCUGUUCGAUAACAAUAACAUAUUUUCCUAAGAUUCUGUGUAACAGAAUAGUGCAAUAGCAUGUUUAUUAUGAUAUACAUUUCAUUAACAUACAUUGUUAUACAUAGAUUAGGCUACUGGUCCCUAAAGGGAGUUUCUAAGGUUUUAGAUGUCCUUAAUCCCACAUAACAUCCAUAUUUAUAAUAGAAAAGUGAGUAAAACAAUUUGUAAAACUAAUUCAUUCUCCAUUUAAAUACAGUUGAAAUCAGAAGUUUACAUACACUUUAGCCAAAUACAUUUAAACUCAGUUUUUCACAAUUCUUGACAUUUAAACGUAGAUAACUUUCCCUGACUUAGGUCAGUUAGGAUCACUAUUUUAAGAAUGUGAAAUGUCAGAAAAAUAGAGAGAAUUAUUCAUUUCAGAUUUUAUUUCUUCCAUCACAUUCUCAGUGGGUCAGAAGUUUACAUAUACUUUGCUCGUAUUUGGUAGCAUUGCCUUUAAAUUGUUUGACUUGGGUCAAACGUUUCAGGUAGCCUUCCACAAGCUUCUCACAAUAAGUUGCUGGAAUUUUGGUCCAAUCCUUCAGACAGAACUGCUGUAACAGAGUCAGGUUUGUAGGCCUCCUUGCUCGCACACGCUUUUUCAGUUCUGCCCACAAAUUGUCUAUCGGACUGAGGUCAGGGCUUUCUGAUGGCCUCUCCAGUACCUUGACUUUGUUGUCCUUAAGCCAUUUUGCCACAACUUUGGAGGUACGCUUGGGAACAUUGUCCAUUUGGAAGACCCAUUUGCGACCGAGCUUUAACUUCCUGGCUGAUGUCUGAGAUGUUGCUUCAAUAUAUCAAUAUAAUUUUCCUUCCUUAUGAUGCCAUCUAUUUUGUGAAGUGCACCAGUACCUCCUGCAGCAAAGCACCCCUACAACAUGAUGCUGCCACCCCCAUGCUUCACGGUUGGGAUGGUGUUCUUCGGCUUUCAAGCCUCACCCUUUUUCCUCCAAACAUAACGAUGGUCAUUAUGGCCAAACAGUGCAAUUUUUGUUUCAUCAGACCAGAGGACAUUUCUCCAAAAAGAUCUUUGUACCCAUGUGCACUUGCAAACUGUAGUCUGGCUUUUUUAUGGCAGUUUUGGAGCAGUGGCUUCUUCCUUGCUGAGCAGCCUUUCAGGUUAUGUCGAUAUAGAACUCGUUUUACUGUGGAUAUAGAUACUUGUCUACCUGUUUCCUCCAGCAUCUUCACAAGGACCUUUGCUGUUGUUCUGGGAUUGAUUUGCACUUUUUGCACCAAACUAUGUUCAUCUCUAGGAUACCUGAGCAGUAUAAUGGCUGCAUGGUCCCAUGGUGUUUAUACUUGCGUACUAUUGUUUUUACAGAUGAACGUGGUACCUUCAGGUGUUUGGAAAUUGCUCCCAAGGAUGAACCUGACAGAGAAUUUUUUUUUGGCUGAUUUCUUUUGAUUUUCCCAUGAUGUCAAGCAAAGAGGCACUGAGUUUGAAGGUAGGCCUUAAAAUACAUCCAUAGGUACACCUCCAAUUGACUCCAAUUAGCCUAUCAGAAGCUAAUUGGCUAAUUGCCUAAAGGCUUGACAUCAUUUUCUGGAAUUUUCCAAGUUGCUUAAAGGCACAGUUAACUUAAUGAAUGUAAACUUCUGACCCACUGGAAUUGUGAUAUAGUCAAUUAAAAGUGAAACAAUCUGUCUGUAAACAAUUGCUGGCAAAAUAACUCAUGUCAUGCACAAAGUGUAUGUUCUAAACCACACCUGCCAAAACUACAGUUUGAUAAUAUUACAUUUGUGAUUGAGUUUUAAUGAUUUCAACCCAAGUGUAUGUAAACUUCUGACUUCAACUGUAAGUUUUAAGCACUGAUAUUCUGUGCCUCACAUUAACAAAAGUAUCAAAUUUAGUUGAUUCCUUGUGACAAUGUCAAUUUUAAAAAUAGAAAAGAGAUUGUUAGAGACUACCAGACAGUAUCAUAAAUGAUUUCAAUCUAAUAUCAGUCAAGUUCUCAGAGUGUCAAAAACAAAUGAUUCAUGAAAUGUUUGUUACAGGUAGGCU